CCUCGCUGCUCACGUGAUUAGUGCUUCCGGUGACGACGAUGACGCGCACAAGAGUUCCGUUUUUACAGGCAAGAUGGCUGCCUAGUCUGUGGAGCAGCGUCGUUUGUUUUGGUGGUUUGUGUCCCAGUUGCACGCCUCAGUUUGGACCGCGCAAACCUUUGGGCUCAGACGUUUGGUUAGAAGAAAUAAAAAAAAUUAAUAAAUAAAUAAAAUAGGCUGCCACGUGUGACAGAAUGAAGUCGGAGGUGGAGGAGCUGAUGCCGAGGCUGCUGCCCUUCGAGUUCGCGGCCGGCACCGAGGAGCUGGACCCGAAGGGACCGCCGAGGAACCCCCAGGAAUACCUGCGACAAGUCCAGUUGGAGGCUUCGUUGUGUCCGGAGGUGGUAGUUGCUCAGAUCGACCCCAAGAAGCUGCAGAAGAAACAAACAGUGAAUGCAUCUGUGGCGGGUUGCCACGCUGCUCCUCUGGGCUUCUGCCCCAGUCUCAGCUGGCAGCAGCAGCAAGUCAGUAACUUCUCAGCUGUCAGACAGAGCAUCACAAAGAACAGAAGACACUGGAGCAACCAGACUCUGGAUGACAACGUGAUGGUGCCCAGGCUAACCGACGAGGAGGGCUGGAAGAGGUUCUGUUUAGGGGAGAAGGUCUAUCUUGGCACAUCGUCCUGUGACGCAGAUGCAGAAACGGAGCCAACGCUGGACUACACCAAGGUGGGCUUCCCUCCCUUCCUCAGCAUCGUGUGCAGACUCAACCAGUCCACGGUGUUGAUGGUGUUAGAGAUUCUCAUCAGCUGGUUUGAGGAAGGAGCGUUUGUUCCACAGUUGGGUUGCUGGUUGUAUGCCUUACUGGGUUGCCUGGAGAAGCCCCUGCUGCCUGAAGCCCACUCCUCCAUCAGACAGCUGGCCAGGAGAUGUGCCAAGCUCCGCAGCACGCUGGAGAGUCAGGACGACAAGAAACUUCCUGCCCUCAACCUGCUCAUCUGUCUUGUUGCCAGAUACUUUGAGCAGAAUGAUCUGGCAGAUCAGCCGGAGUGAACACGACAUAUCAACAAGACAUGAAGAACGAGUCUAAUUGACGCAACGUUAAGGCAGCGGGUUCUGCAGUCAAGCAACAGGAUCUUACAAAUGACUCAACGUGAAGACGCUCGACCAAGACAAAUUUAUGGAUGGAAAUAAACACGUCCACAUGGGGCUGUGGAGGGUCUGGAGCCCACAGGCCACAAUUGUGAACACAACUAAUGUUAUUGAGAUAUUAUUGAUUCUGGUCACUUGGACAGAUCUGUGCUGGUAGAACUGAUGCAGUCAAACCAGUAGGAUCACUGUUAUUUUUUAUCAGGAUAAGCCACUUGUUUUCCUGGUGAAUAUAGUCCUGAAGUCGCCAUGUUUCUGGUUCAAAGGUUCAUAUUAAAGACUUUUCUAAUAAA